UCUAAUACUAUUCUGUUAUUUUCUCUUUUUGUUUCAAUAUGAGUUCUCUGUCAUCUAGCACAAGUAACUAUACACAACCAAAAGCUAGUGUUUGUGCUGUUAUCGGUGGUCAAUGGGGUGAUGAAGGUAAAGGAAAACUUGUUGAUCUCAUUGCCAAACAACAUCAAAUUAUUUGUAGAUAUAAUGGUGGUGCCAAUGCUGGUCACACAAUUGUUGACGAAUUAGGUCGUAAAUAUGCCACUAACUUGUUACCUUCAGGUGUUCUUACCCCUGGUUGUAUAAACCUCAUUGGUAAUGGCGUUGUAUUGGAAAUUCCAAAAUUGUUUUCCGAAAUUGAUAAUCUGUUGGAAAAGAAGAAAAAUGAUGAUGACAACGUUAUACAUGAUCUGGAGAAACGUAUCCUGAUAUCUGAUCGUACACAUCUUGUUUUCGGAUUCCAUAAAGCAAUUGAUGGAUUCCAAGAAGGAGUUCUCAAAGAAAGUGGUUCUCAAAUUGGUACCACAAAACGUGGUAUCGGACCAACCUAUACAACCAAAGCAGCUCGUUCUGGUUUACGUACAGGAGAUUUACUUUCAGAUUUUGAAACUUUUGAGAAAAAAUAUAACAAAUUAUUGAAAACUUUAAAGAGUCAAUAUCCAACCUGCGAAGAAUUGAAUAGCUACGAUGCCCAAGGAGAAUUGGAUUCUUAUAAGAAUAUUUUCAUUCCUCGUAUCAAAUCAAUGAUUAUUGAUACAGUCACUUAUCUUCAUAAGGCAAUUUAUGUUGAAGGUCGUGAUGUAUUACUUGAGGGUGCCAAUGCAGUAAUGUUAGAUUUGGAUUUUGGUACAUAUCCAUUUGUUACUUCAUCAAAUCCUUGUAUUGGUGGUGCCUGUACUGGGUUGGGUAUUCCUCCACGUGCCAUUUCAGAAGUUUAUGGUGUAAUCAAAGCUUACUGCACACGUGUUGGUUCAGGACCAUUUCCAACAGAAUUAAAAGAUGAAACUGGUGAUUUGAUAAGAAAAAUUGGUGGUGAAUUUGGUACUACCACAGGAAGACCAAGAAGUUGUGGUUGGUUGGAUGUUGUUGCUGUAAAAUAUGGAUGUAUGAUUAAUGGAUUUAAUGCGUUGUGUUUAACCAAGCUUGAUGUAUUGGAUCAAUUAGAUGAAGUUAAAUUGGGAGUUGGGUAUAGACUCAAUGGUGUUGAACUCGACACUGUACCAUACAGUGCUGAUGAUUUAGAUAAGGUUGAGGUCAUUUAUGAAACUUAUCCAGGAUGGAAGACUGACAUUUCAAAGGUAAGAAAGUUCGAAGACUUGCCUCAAAAUGCCCAAACAUUCGUCAAGAGAAUUCAGGAAAAAGUUGGUGUUCCUGUAAAGUGGAUUGGUGUAGGAGCAGGCAGAGAGGCUGUUGUUGUAAUUCAAUAAAAAUAUCAUGUGUAA